GUAACCGCCAAAAGAAAGAAAGGGCUGUGUAAGUAGCACGGAAGUUUGUAAACAUUCAUGUUUGAUAUUUCCGCCAUUUAUUAUUGUUCUUUCUAAACUUGUGUAGUGUAAGUUAUUAUAACCAAACUUUUACAAUGUGCGAUAUGUUGAAAGAAUUACGACAACGCUCACAGAAGAGGAAAAAGCUCCUUGCUCAAACUUUUGGAGUUUCAAAUGUAGAUGAACUCCGGCAAGCGCUUGGUACAUCGGUAGAAGCUCCUGCAAAGAAGGUUUUUCGAGAAAGCACUGUUCAAGAAGAGAGGGUUCAAGAGAAAAUUGUGACAGAGGAUGCCAGCACAGAUGAAUUAGUGUAUACAGAUUCCUCAACUUUCCUAAAAGGUACACAGUCAUCAAAUCCUCAUAAUGAUUACUGUCAGCACUUCGUGGAUACGGGACAGCGUCCACAGAAUUUCAUCCGUGAUGUGGGACUGGCAGAUAGAUUUGAGGAGUAUCCAAAGUUACGAGAACUUAUUAAAUUGAAGGAUGACUUAAUUGCACACACAGCAACUCCUCCAAUGUAUCUUAAAACAGAUCUUCAGACUUUUGAUAUGAAGGAGCUGAACAGCAAGUUUGAUGUAAUUCUUGUUGAGCCGCCAUUAGAGGAAUACCAACGAACAAUGGGUGUGACAAACAUGCAGUUCUGGGGCUGGGAUCAGAUAAUGCAAUUAGACAUAGGAGAGGUAGCGGCAACUCGAAGUUUUGUGUUCUUGUGGUGUGGUUCAUCAGAAGGUUUAGACAUGGGCCGCUUCUGCCUCAGAAAGUGGGGAUUCCGGCGCUGCGAAGACAUCUGUUGGAUACGAACAAAUAUUAAUAACCCUGGACAUUCCAAAAACCUUGAACCCAAGGCUGUCUUUCAAAGAACAAAGGAACACUGCCUUAUGGGUAUCAAGGGCACAGUGCGACGGUCCACUGAUGGGGAUUUUAUCCAUGCAAAUGUUGAUAUUGACCUUAUAAUUUCUGAGGAGCCUGAAUAUGGAUCUUUGGAAAAACCAGUCGAGAUCUUUCACAUAAUAGAACAUUUCUGCUUGGGUCGUAGAAGAUUACAUGUAUUUGGCCGAGACAGUACCAUUCGGCCAGGUUGGCUGACAGUGGGUCCUGAACUGACUAACAGUAAUUUCAAUGCAGAGCUCUAUGCAAGUUAUUUUUCAAGUGGACAAGCGACCACUGGGUGCACAGAGCGGAUAGAAGCUCUGAGACCAAAGUCACCCCCACCAAAAGGAAAGGGAGCUCCAGGUGGCCGAGGGAGGGGAGGUUCUUCCCGCGGGGGCUUCUCACGUGGUCGUGGAAGAGGAAGAUAAGGAUAGCUUGGUGUUUGAGUAGAUGAAUGUUUCAUAUAAGCAUUGCAGGUAAAUGGUGUUGAAGCAUCUAGUCAUGAUUUACAGUAUGAGAAUAUACAGCGCUCCAAAAUGAUGAAUGCACUUCAAAAAAAUUGUUUAUAAUGUACAACAUGCAUCAACCUAAUGUUGACCAUUGUGCAAUGCAUAGUGUAAAAUUUCUCAGAUUAAUAAUUUAUUUUUUGAUAUUGAGAUCUAUACCAUUGUAUCUUAGGACUAAUUUGAACUAUCUGAUAUAUGUUUAAUGAAUAAUGUACCACAUGUCCUGUCCUUAUAAUUUGUCCAUCGUGUUUUAGCUUUUGAAGUUUACGUGGUAUGGUACGGUUUUUUAAAGGAAUUUGAAAUACAUGUAAUUUAUAUACCUGGGUUGUCUAAAAGGCAAUUUAAUGUUUGUUGGUGAGUGUGCCUACUUACACUCAUGGAGAAAAUAUUUAUUGGGUGCAGACCUUGUGGAAAAAUAUUGAACUCAUUUCAUAUGUAGACACAGAGGUAUCUUAAGUCAUUUGGCAUUUUAAUUCAGACUUGUUUUUGAGGAUUUGCGUUAAAUUCCUAACUUGGAUCAUCACUUCAAAUGCAUAUGAUCUUCCCCAAUUAAGACAUUUUGUAACUUAUGGUGGGAAUUCUUUCAUUGCUGAACACUUUGGCGAAAGGUAUUUGUUUUCUGUAUGUUAUUAAAAUAUUCAUAUAGUUUUGAAAUGUAUUAAUCAUUUUGGGCUGUCAAGUGUUGCUUUUGCCCAGAAGUAUCAACAUUAUAUUCUGUACACUGAUACAUGGUGUGACUCAACAUUUUGUUUGCUGUUUAUAUUAAUGUCUGGAUUAUAUUUCUUUAAUAGUGAUUGAUUUUCAUCAGACUGUUCCUCAUAUAAUGUGCAGUGCUAGUGGAUUAUUCCAGCAGGUUUUAUUUUCGUAAUGUAUUUCACCAAAUGUUUUUUCAGCGUCAUCAAAUAAUGUAACGUUCCGUACUAAUACUGCUGAUGCCUGAAGGUUCGGUUAAUAAGAAGAAUAUUAGGUCUGAGUCAUCAUUCAUGUGGCUGUUUAUGUUUAACCUAUUAAGUGACAUUUGGCUUAUUGUUCCCCAUGCAUAGAUUUUCAAGACACCAGCCCACCUAAAUUUUUGAACCAAAUCAAGCACAAUCUUUUGUUUUAAUUUAAUUUUAACUAAACUUUUAACUUAUUUUUACCUGGUAAGCUUGUGAAAGUAUAUUCUUUCAUUACGUUACAAAUAGAACUGUACGGCUCAGGAUAGAGUUUACUGGAUGGCUUUUGUUGCUGAAGUGAUGAACCUUAUGGUCCAGUAAUACAGUGCAGUGAUAACAAAGGAAGUGUGGGGUUAUCUGUAAAAGUAGUGUAAGUUUUCAGUUGGUCUGUUUAAUAGAAGAACUAGCUGAUUCAUCAAA